AUGGAAAUUAUUUCAUCAAAACGAUUCAUUUUACUGAUUUUAGCCACUUCAAGCUUGUUAACAUCCAACAUCUUUUGUGCAAAUGAAUUAAGGAUUUCCCAUCAUUACAGCAAAGAAAAUUAUGACAAAUAUUCCGAGCCUAGUGGAACCCCAAAUGGGAGAAAGGAAAGGAGUAUCAAUUUUCAAGAACUGAAAGAUUGGGGACCAAAAAAUGUAAUUAAGACGAAUACACCCGCUGCCAAUAAAAUGCCACAUUCAGCAGCCAACUUGCCAUUGAGAUUUGGGAGGACCAUGAAAGAAACAAGGAGCCCUGGGGAGACUGCCAGCCUGCCUCUGAGAUUUGGAAGAAAUAUGGAGGCAAGCAUCUUGAGAUGUGUUCCUAACCUUCCUCAAAGGUUCGGGAGAAUGACAACAGCCAAAAGUGUCACCAAGACACUGAGUGAUUUGCUUCCAAGGUCCAUGCGUUCAAUGCCUCCCAGUGAGUUACUUUACUCUAUGACCUGCCAGCACCAAAAACUUCAGAAUUCUGGCCAAAAGCUACCAAGGAGACUGAUAUUCAAGGAAAUAGAGGAUGCAAAAGGGAAAGAAGAGAAAUAA